CAGGGAGAGAGGGGGUCAGGCAGACUUGAGUCACCACCCUCAGCUCCUCUUCUCCUCCAGUGCAGGAUCCUCGAGCUCGAGAUCACUCGCCUGGCUCAUCGACUAAUCCUCCGGCGAUCUUUGAGCUUGACGAGCAAUCCACACUCUGCUUCUUGCAGCACAGCGCGCGUGCUCUGCUUCCUGUCGAUCAUGGUGCAGCCUGUGUUCGACGCUGCGUUGCUGUCUGGGCAGUCGGACAUCCCGUCGCAGUUCAUCUGGCCGGCGGACGAGAGCCCGUCCCCGGACGCCACCGAGGAGCUGCACGUCCCGCUCAUCGACAUCGGGGGCCUCCUCUCCGGCGACCGCGUCGCGGCCGCCGAGGUGACGCGCCUCGUCGGCGACGCCUGCGAGCGCCACGGCUUCUUCCAGGUCGUCAACCACGGCAUCGACGCCGAGCUCCUGGCCGACGCGCACCGCUGCGUGGACGCCUUCUUCACGAUGUCGCUCCAGGGCAAGCAGCGCGCGCUCCGCCGGCCCGGCGAGUCGUGCGGCUACGCCAGCAGCUUCACCGGCCGGUUCGCGUCCAAGCUACCGUGGAAAGAAACGCUGUCGUUCCGCUCCUGCCCGUCGGAGCCGGACCUCGUCGUCGAGUACAUCGUCGCCACCCUCGGCGAGGACCACCGCCGCCUCGGGGAGGUGUACGCUCGGUACUGCUCAGAGAUGAGCCGACUGUCGCUGGAGAUCAUGGAGGUGCUGGGUGAGAGCCUCGGUGUGGGGCGGGCCCACUACCGGCGCUUCUUCGAGGGCAACGAAUCCAUAAUGCGGCUCAACUACUACCCGCCCUGCCAGCGGCCCAACGAAACCCUGGGCACCGGCCCGCACUGCGACCCGACGUCGCUCACCAUCCUCCACCAGGACGACGUGGGCGGACUGCAGGUGCACGCCGAUGGCCGCUGGCUAUCCAUCCGGCCCAGGGCCGACGCCUUCGUCGUCAACAUCGGCGACACCUUCAUGGCGCUCUCCAACGGCCGCUACAAGAGCUGCCUCCACCGCGCCGUCGUCAACAGCCGUGUGCCCAGGAAGUCGCUGGCCUUCUUCCUGUGCCCGGAGAUGGACAAGGUGGUGGCGCCGCCGGGGACGCUCGUCGACGAGGCCAACCCGCGGGCGUACCCGGACUUCACGUGGCGGGCGCUGCUGGACUUCACGCAGAAGCACUACCGGGCCGACAUGAAGACGCUCGAGGUGUUCUCCGACUGGAUCCAGCAGGGCCACCAGCCAGCCGCCACGACGACGACGACAUAAGAUCAGAGGACGUACACUGCUUCUGCUUCUCUGCAUCUGCUAGCUUGUUGUACGUAGCUCCACCAUUGAUUCAGCUGAGAGUGUGAGAAGAGACGCUCAGCCAUAUCGAUCGAUAUUGCAAUGCUAUUAAAGCUUAAUUGAUCUAGACGACGUUUCACAAGUUUACAAGCAUGAACGGCAAGAUUUUCCAAGUUGA